ACCCGAGCUGGAGGGAGGUAAUAUCGGUAAGCUGAGCGCUGAAGUUGCGAACAUUGGCUUGCCGACGGGUGCUUUGCGCGUGUGGAGCACUAGCGAGAUUCUCCUUGGUAUAACAAGCAAAAGAAUUAGUUAAGAUAAUUUUGCGUGUACCUUUGAAGCGGCCUUAAUCCUUUAAGUAUGCUCGGUGAUCUGGCUCCUGCAGAAACCUUGAUUUUGAGAUGAUGGCUAUGACGCCUUAAGUAGAUGAGACUACAAACGAAGCCUAAUCUCGGACGCAGUUGAGGGACUUUAUCACUUCCUUUUUCAAUGAGGACAUCAACUGGUACUUGUCUUCGGACUCCGAUGAGGGAACUUUUUCACUUCCUUUUUCAUUAAGGACUUCAACCUUCCUGGCCCGCGAGUCCUCGGGGUCGUCGUCAACAGACCGUAGCGAAGAGUCGCGGGCGUAAAAUAUAUUUUUUCAAUCCAAAUUACGCAUCUAUACAUACAUAAUUGUAUUCUUAACUUCACUACUGUUGCUGCUGGAGGCGUUUAAGAAAACGCAACAUCGGACACAUACACCGGCUAACAAGACAAAAUACGGAACCAUCCAAAUUCAUAGCAAUGACUAAAAGCAAACUAGUCAUUCGUUCUGUCACAAACGUAAAACCAAUAGGAAUGACAUUAAAAAUGGAAUGUGUAGAUGAACCAUUGAGCUCGUAUCAAAAGGCAGCUAGAGCUAAACUUAAAAAUGAAUGUGACACGGUUUCUAAAAUGUUGGAAUCACUGAUAAAAGACCAUGGAGGAACACUAAUAUGUCAAGCUGGUGUUGUUAGUGGAUAUCAAUACCAAUUGCCUACUAGUGCUCCAACAGCUGCAGCAGCAGUUAAACCCAAUACUCAAACUCAAGUAAUUGGAGUUAAUCAAAGUGGUAAUACCAAUAACCAAACAAUCAAACUAAAUAUGCUAAAUAGCACAUCAACACCUCAAGGAAACAUUCAACUUGUAAUGGAUCCAAGAAUUGGUGUUAUUCUUGGCACUGUUGCACCACAACAAGGUGUAGUUGCUUCACCUGUAUCUAUUAUGACAAAUAUAACUAAUACAACUUCAACAACAAUGAGUACUAUGACGACAUCUUCACCAAUUGUUGCACCCGUUACUUCAGUAUCUCAACAACCACCAAUAGAGAAUUCAUAUAAACAUACAAGGCCCAGUCGCAAAACAAAACUUCUCCAAUUACAACCACCGGAUAUUAUAGAAGAACCUCCAAAUAUAAUAAAUCGAACUUCAAAGCCAACUACGGCAACACAUGUUGUUACACCAACUUCAACCACUCCACAAGGUGUUACAAAUCUUAGAAUAAAAACUUUGCCAAAGCAACAAGCGGCACAAGUCCAUGUAAAGCCUAGACCAUCAGAGCAAAAUAGUAUAGGGGGGAUUGCAAUUGGUAACAGAGUAGCAGCUGGUGAAAUAAUUGAUGAAUCCAAAAAAAAUCUACCUGAUGGAAGAGAAGUUACAUUUAAUAAAAUGAAUGGUGGACGAACUUAUCCAUCAUUGGUUGUUGUUGCUAGACCAAAUCUCAAAACUAAAAAUGUUACCUCACAAAGUACUCAAAAAGAAAGAGCAGAUUUAGAUAUAAAAGUAAAAGGAGUUCUAAUGUAUUCAGCUACUAAAUUCACUGAAUGGUUAAUCCAACAAGGAUUGGUCCGAGCUGAACAAUAUUGUGAAAAACAUCCUACACAAAAAUUAAAGCUUGGCAUGUACAGUGAUGCAGGUACCUUCCCUUGUUCGGGUGGCUAUGUUUGGAUCUCUUUAUGUUGCACCGAUCGCUUUGUAUCGGUCUUCUCAAGCUCAAUAUUCCAAGGCGCACCGCAUUCACCUACAGUAUUACUUAAACUUAUUUACCACUGGUCCUGUCAAACAAACGUACAAAAUGUUAUUUCUUGGGUGAAAGUAACCAACUACUAUGUUAAGACUUUUUAUGCAACUUUAAGAAGUGUUUGUACAGCUGCGGUUUGGGAAAAAUGUAAGAAAAUGGGUGGCAAAAAUUCAAUGAUACAAGUUGGAGUUAUUAGUUUAGGCACUACUUCCCAAGACGGCAAUUUACGACAGGUAAAAGUAGAAGUUUUAGGUAUUCUUGAUCCAGAAACCUUGGAAUUAAGAUUGCGAGCAUGUGAACCUGUUCAAGAUGGUGAUAGAUCUUAUAAAAGAAGAUUUAAUAACAUAUUGAACCCACUGUCAGAGUGGGUACACAAAGAUUCCAAAAUCCUGACAGACUUUACUGUCGAUAAAGGCACAUUAUAUGAAAUGGGAUUCGUUAACGUUACACAAUCCGCAUUUAGCGAUCAGAAUCCUAGAAAUUUAACUAGCAACUAUCAUAUUAUGGAAUAUUUGAGAAAAAUUGUUCCUCGUAUGUUCCAGAAUACUUUAAGCUUGUUAAGUAGACCAAUGAUACAACAAUUUCUGGAUGAAUUAGUUUGGAGGGAAAUGUUUGGAACUACUGCUUUAAGAGCAUUUGAAAAUAUCGUAACUCAUAUUGCUGAACAAACUAAAGUUAUUUCCGAACAUUAUUUCUUGGAACGGUUAUCAAAGAUUGCUGGGAAUCCAUUUACAAAUUGGUCAUACCUUAGCAGUAAUGCUUCUUCAACUGCAAUAUCAGGUCUUAACACUGUCCCACCACCACUCGCUCCAAUGGUGACAAUACCUAAAGAACCAGCCAUUCAGUCUGGCAUCGAUGUCCAAGCGAUGGACUUACCACAUUCAAGACCAGGCCCUAAACGAGGUCGGAAACGACCUUAUUCGACCAUGAGUCCUGAACCGACGGAAAGGACUGCAACACCUGAGCCCAAAAUACUAAGAGAGAGUAAGCUUGAUCAAGUGCCACUUCAGGAAUUCUAUUAUGCUACAAUGCAACCAGAAAAGCCGAAUAUUGCUAGCAAAGAAAAUAAAAUCGUCUUUAAUUUUAAGUGUUUCAUAUGUACUACAAUAAUGCACUCUAAUACUGAAAUUAUGGAGCAUAUGGUCAGUCACGUUCCUCCUUUAGUACCUGGACAAUCUGAUUCACCUGUUUGUCGCUAUUGCUGCACCGCCUUUUCUUCAAAACAUCAAAUGAAUGUGCAUGUAACUGAAGCUCAUAGUAAUUUUGGAAAUUCCGAUGGUGAUAUGUUGAUUUGUGCUAUUUGUGAACAAAAAUUUGGAACAAGUGGUCUUCUGAUUAAUCAUCUAUCGUUGAUGCACUAUCCUUCAGAAAUGCCAUACAAAUGCGAAAGCUGUGGCUACCGUACAUCUAGCCACAAAGAUGUCAUUGACCACUAUUACAAAAAUCAUGAAAAAAGCGACAGCCUUCAGUGUCCAUAUUGUCUUAAAGUUAUACAGUUUAUAAAUGCCGGGCAAACAAACUCAUCCAGCAUUCAUGCUUACUUAAUGCAUAUGCAGCGACAUAUUGUACGCAGAGAAGAAAAGUUAAACAAAUGUUUACGAUGUUGCCUCUGGUUUAAUCAAAUGAGCUCACUCAAGGCUCAUGUAGACCUUCAUAGUCAGUCCAUUGGAACAAGAGUUAUUCCAUAUACUCCAAAUGAAAAUACGAUAACCGUGACAAAAUCACGAAAUACGGUAAAACGUUACAUUUUUGAUGAUUACGCACACGAAAUAACACCGACCGAAAGAGUGAAGAGGUGGUCAAGCGGUCCUAUCAAACUACACGCUCCUUCAGGUAGCAGUUGUCAAGAGUGUGAAGAAGAUUUAGAUAUGCGAGACCAUUAUCCUGGUGAACUUAAGUGUCAACGAUGUCGUUAUGUUACCUGUUGUUGGCGUGCGUUUAAGGAGCACCAACGACAAAUCCAUAACGAAAGACCAAUGACAAGUGUUAUAGUACCUUCUCCACUUAUUAAUAUACCUUUGGAUAAUGAAAUGCAGUGCACAUGCGGAUUCUCGACGUUUGACGGAAAUCAAUUAGCUACUCAUUUAGUGAAAUGUAAAAAGCGUACGGCAUUUCCAACCGAAGAAACGAAGCCAGGAAUGUUAGAUAGUUUGGGUCUUGUUCCUAAACCUACGUUUGAGGUUAAUGAACAUUAGUUUGAUUACAUUUCAUUUUUCUAUUUUUAUUUAUUCAAUUAACUGUUUUUCAAUUUUAAUUUCCAUUUCUUUUAGGAUGAAAAAGAUAGAUCUGCUCAACACUCGAAAUCAAUUUCUAUUCCAAAGACAUCACGAUUCUCCGACAUAGUUAAUAAAGGAAAGUAUGACAAAUCGUCAAGGAAUAAAUAAUAUCAAAAGAAAGAAAAAAUCGUUUUUUAAAUAUGACUAGAAACAUAAAGCUGUAACUUUUCAAGUAGAAGUUAAUCUGAAAUUUUAGGAAUGUUAUGGAAAUAUACAAAAAAAUAUUAAACUUGGAAAAGUUUAAAUCUUAAGUGU